UAUUUCUCUAUCCUGGAUGUUGUGUUCCGACAAAAAAUGAAUCUGUUCAGUAAAAAUGUUAAUCGCUUAGUAGUGCUUCUUGUAGACUAAGGAUGAUCCGUGACAAGCUGAAGCAGAAAUUUUGGGAUAUUCUGCACUUUUUGUGUUACGAUCCGAAACGACUGGUGAGAAUAAUUGUGCUGAGCAUUUGCAGUGUGGUGGUGAUGUUCCAGCUGACAGAAUGCUUCCACAAGUUGAUCCAUCCGCCCAUCACGACCCAUUCGCGGUUCGAUUUGAACGAAUCGAUGACCUAUCCGUCGAUUACAUUCUGCCGGAACCCACCGUACAAGUACGAUGUGAUGGAACGGUACAAUCUGUCUCAGCAUCCAAAGUAUGCCAGUUCAUUCAAUAACUUCGACUUCAAUCAGAGCACGCUGGAUGAGCUCUUUCGGGAAGCAACCUACAAUCAGAGUGAAUUCUUCAUACAGUACGGAUUGAAUGGACUCGUCGAUAAUGUCGAAGUGAUCAGUAGCAUGCAUUUGGAUAUGGGACAGUGCUACACGUUGAACCCAUUGACAACGACAGAUCGUUCGUGGAAGGGCGUCGGUUACUCCAUUCUGUUGCAGCAUGACACCAGAGAUGACGUUUACUAUCUAGGAGAAGAUCUGCCCGGUUGGCACGUUUUCAUUCAUGAUCCGACGGAGGGAUUUGCAGAAAAUCGCAUGCAAUCAUCCGGCCGAGUGGAGUAUCUAUUCAUCGAGGUGGAUGAAGAGGUCGAAGUAAAACUAACCACCCAACAUUUCUACAUGCUGCCGAGUGUGGAAAAUAUGUGCACCACCCAUAUGGACAUGAGCUCUACCAGGUGUAGCGAACUGUGCCAUUGGCGCCACGUAAUUAACAUCGUUGGCUGUACCGGUCCCUGGAUGCCGGACACUGAGGAGGAACUGUGCGACACGGCCAAUGAAACGCAGCAGCUGAUCAAGCACUACAAAUUGCUGGAAGAUUUGGACAGUCGCAUUUGCGGAUGCUACCAGCCGUGUUCGACGACCAUCUUCACGGCGUACGUCAUGAACAGAAAGCAUUUCAACAUAUCUAUUCCUGCGGGACAGGUUUGGUUGUACUACACCUCGAAAAUGGUCACUAUCGUCGAAGAAUUCCACGGGUACGAUCUGACCCAGUUCGUUGCCGAUCUGGGAGGGUCGCUUGGCUUCCUGCUAGGGCUGUCGGUGCUGGGAUUGAUCGGACUGAUGGAGAAAAUCGUUGCGGUGCUGUUCAUUCGGAAACUGAUCGCUGAAAAGAGAAAUAAACAGAAAACUCAAAGCGAUGCAGAUGCCGAGGAAAUGGAAAAGGAAAAAUACAAUGAUCCCAGCCAAUCCAACACCAGUAGCACGGAUUGCAGUGACACAACGCUGGCAGUUGCAAAUGUCAAAAAAUAAAAGUUUAUUAAGUUAAGCGUAUCAUUCUCGCAACAUGUCUAAUAUUUAGAUCGAUAUAUGUUUGU